CGGUGCAGGAGAUGUCAUCCUGUGGGCGCAGUGUCAAGUGAGGUUUGAACUUUGCUUGAACUUUGACUCUGAAGUUGCCCAUCACACAAAGUUUCUCUGAGCUCUCACAAUUUUCCUGUCGAGUUAAUCGUCGUCCAUUAUGUGGCCAGGAAACUCUGGUUUUCCGACCAGUAACAAUCAGAGUGGUACCAAUGGCGACGUCCCACCUCAUUUCCCAAACCCCGGUGGAAAUGUUCCUUCUCCCAAUCCACUUGCAUACAACCCCACGUAUGGUGCCGUGCCAUCGUUUCCUUCACACGGUUCCCCAGCACCCACAGGCUUUGGAGUUCCUCCGCCAGUACCAAGAGACACCUAUCCUGGACAUCACCAGAAUAGUGGUUACCCAGGUCAAUUUGCUGGCAAUUACACACCCCCUCAAGGUCCUCCCACCCCAUACGCACCGCCGCCUGGCCCGCCGUCCUCGUCAUACGGCGCACCCCCUGGGCCUCCUCCGGGCAGGGCAGGCCCUCCAUCAUCGUCGUACGGCGCACCCCCUGGGCCUCCUCCGGGCAGGCCGGGUCCUCCGUAUUCUUCAUACGGCGCACCCCCUGGGCCUCCUCCGGGCAGGGCAGGCCCGCCUUCACAAUACUCACUUCCCCCUGGCAAUUAUCCACCGCCACCUGGACCCCCUCGUGGCUAUGGUGCACCUCCCCCAAUGAGCAGCGGCUACGCUAAUGCUCCUCCAAGUGGACCCCCGCAGAGGCCGCCCAAUCAACAACAAUUUUACGGCCCUCAAACGCAAGGACCCAAUCAGAUGCAACAACAGUCCUCUUUCCAAUAUUCUCAGUGUAAUGGCAAGAAGAAAGCCUUAUGCAUUGGGAUUAACUACGUCGGUCAGCAGGGAGAAUUGCGUGGUUGCAUUAAUGAUGCAAACAAUAUAAAGCGUUUCCUGAGCACUCAGUUUGGGUAUAAGGAUGAUGAUAUGGUUAUACUCACUGACGAUGCGAGGAACCCACGCCAAAUUCCUACUCGGCAAAACAUACUGCAUGCAAUGGAAUGGCUUGUGCGCGAUGCCCGUCCCAAUGACUCGCUGUUCUUCCAUUAUUCCGGUCACGGAGGACAGACGAAGGACCUCAAUGGCGAUGAAGAAGAUGGAUACGAUGAAGUGAUCUACCCAGUUGAUUUCAAACAGAAUAGCCACAUUGUUGAUGAUAUGAUGCAUGAUAUCAUGGUGAGGCCGCUUCCUGCGGGUUGUCGUCUCACCGCUAUCUUUGAUUCUUGCCACUCUGGGUCAGCUCUGGACCUCCCAUACGUCUAUUCCACGGAAGGCAAGAUCAAAGAGCCAAACCUCGCCGCGGAGGCCGGCCAAAGCUUAAUGUCCGCUGUGACUUCAUACGCUCGCGGCGAUAUGGGCGGCGUGUUCAGCUCCGUUACAGGAUUGAUCAAGACUGCCGGUGGGGGUGCACAGAAAGCCGACAUCAUCUCUAAGUCCACAAAGACGAGUCCUGCCGACUGCAUUUCUUGGAGUGGUUGUAAGGAUUCACAGACCAGCGCAGACACCUCAGAAGCCGGAAGAGCCACAGGUGCUAUGAGCUAUGCUUUCAUUAAGGCACUCACUGAAAACCCGCAACAAAGCUACCAGCAGCUUCUUAACUCCCUCCGUGUUAUCUUGAGGGCAAAGUACAGUCAGAAACCACAGCUGUCUAGUUCUCACCCGAUGGACACGAACAUACUUUUCAUUGCCUGAAUGAUGUCUGUAUCAUGUAUGUUGUAUCCUGUAUGUUUCUUGUAUGUAGUAUACUUGAGUACGUGGAAAUACGAGGUUCUGGUCCUGUCCAAUCAAGUCAUGU